CGCCAGCAGUCCGUGCGGCGGCGAGUUGGCGAGUCUGGCGAGAGGCACACCGUGCGCGAGGCGCGCAAUUGCGCUCCACGCAGUGCACCACGUUCGUCGCCUCCUUCGUUGUUCGACGAGGAGGCACGGUGGCGCUGCGGGAUCGGAGUACACCCCGCGUGCGCUACUCCUGCGGAUAAUCCCCGCGGUCUCUUACCAGCACGCACCACGUGCACACACAUGUCGGCAGCUACGGGUGCCCUGCACUGCCUCUUGUUGGCUGCGCUCGAGGCCGGAAUCCUUGGCUUGCGCAUCGUGUCACUGGACGUACCUACACGUGUGAGCGUGGGCCGGGAAGCGCUGCUGAAGUGCGCCUACGACCUCGAGGGAGACCUUCUGUACUCUGUUAAGUGGUACAAAGACGACAUCGAGUUCUUCAGAUACGUCCCUUCUGACAGGCCACCCGGCCAGUAUUUUGAAGUGAACGGCAUAAGGGUAGACAUGCUACGCUCAGUAAAUGGCAGUGUGUUUAUCCGUGGCAUGGAUGCUGCUUCGGAGGGCACGUACAAAUGCGAAGUCUCCGCUGAUGCGCCCUCAUUCCAGACAAUCUUCGCCGAGAAGAUGAUCAGGGUCGACUCCGGCUCCUCUAGUCAGCUGAGGACGUCUGGCGUCGCCUGGGCACUCGUCGCCACCAUCGGAUGCUUGACGUCGUUGCUUCGGUGGCACGCCACGUGAAGUGAUGCCCCCUCUCAUACUAUGGUUUCAGGGGCCUUCCGCGGGCCGUAGGCAGCAAGCCAGCCGACGAAACAGCCAGCCAGCCGUCGCCUUGUGUAUAAUAGCGAGAAGAGUUGCACAGAACGCUUUUUAAACAACGUGUUGUGUUCAUGCGGCGCUGUCUGGUUCAGCAGCUGUGAGGCGCCAGUGCGAGCGGGUGGCUAGGCACUCCGUUAAGCAUCUACUGUGCCCACUGACAACAUCACUGUUUUGCUGCAAAUAUAAAUGAUGUGAGACCUAUGAAUGUAAGGAACGCACUGACUUCAGUUGCAAGGAAAGUCGGAACAGUGAAAGAAGACGCUAAACUGCGGGUGCGAAAGGCUGAACGACGCAAGAAAAACGCUGUGCCGCUCUUAUUCUAUUGACACUACCAGCUCGCUGGUAGUUGCGCGUGUCAAAAACUCUUUUGUUGCUUUUCCUCGCCCAUGCUUCUUUGUAUUUUUUGCUGUAUUUCCCCAAUCUCUCCAAGCUCUCCCGUGAUGGUGAUCUCAAAGGAUGCCAUCUUACUUCACGCCUUUCUUCCUGAAAUUCCUUGACGCGAAUUGAAAAAUAUAUAUAUAUCUGCUCUUUUUUUCUCUCUUUUGUAUCUGUGAUGACAAGAAUGUUCUAGUCACUACAUCAAAAGUCUUUUAUUUACUUUUUGCAUGCGAUCAGUAGGUCAUAAAAGGCGUGAAAGGAUUGAAUUACUGAUGCAGACAGGAUUUCUUCAGCACCGGAGAAUGAAAUCUCGACUGUCAGUAGAAAUAGAUUGUCGACGUCGAAAAAACGUUUCUUUGGCUGUAAAGCUCAUUCUAUUAUUCUUAUGACUCAAUUUCACUCGUUCGCAAAGCGGAGAUACUCAAUGACUCGUGACUGUAAACUUACAUAAAUGAUUAUAAUGGCUGGAACAAUAAAUUUGAAACCAUUAGGUACACGUUUCGAAAAAAAAAGAAUAAUCGCCAAUUGCAAGUUUAACAAGACAUGCUAAACGACCAUAAUCACAGUUCUUUACGAAAGCGAACACUCUCGUGAGACUUGAACUAUACGGAACUGAAUAUUAGCGCUAUGUCUUGUCGGAAAUGGUUUUCAUCUUCUGGGUAUGUCAACCGAAAAAAAAAUGAAGUGAAUUUCAAGCCACUUGGGCAUAGUCACUCUAGCUGAUUGUACAGUUUACAAGCGGUACAAUGUUUGUUGUUGGUUUGCCGCUUGUUCGAGCUUAGCUCCACCCACACUUACAUCUAUGAAACAGUGCAUAAAAAGACAAAGAAAGGUUUUAAUGCGUAGAAACCAAGAAGCAGCUUAGCGUAAGCGGUCAUGGUGUGGCUGUUCAGAAAAUGUACUGGGCUGUUCAUGGGACGUUAUUUUUUGUAAAUAGCGCUAUGGGCCGAUACUAAAAUUCUGCUGCUUUCUAAACUAAGUGCUUGAUUCGAGGAAUGUUUAAACCAUAAAUUUUAAUGAAACCUUCACUCAUUCAUUCCUUCGCACUUCCAAUAAAACUCUAUUGAAAUUUGA